AUGUUUCCUUCGCACAAGCCCUGGGUGGAACAACACUGCGUGGAGGCGGCCUUCGUUGUUGCGCUGGCUAUCUCCACCGCCGCCCUCCACUACGCCCACGGCUUUUCCCCGGCCUUCGCGAGCCUGGCCUCGUCGGAGCACGCCGCCGCCGUCGCCGCCGCCACGAACGCCCCGUUCUACAACUACGUCUGCCUCCUCGCCGCCGCCGCGGCGGCCUACGCCGCCGCCCGAACUGCCGCCGCCUACGCGCCCGUCGCCGCCCUGCCGAAGUCGUCUCAGGGGACAGCGGCGCGGCGGGCGGCGCUCGCGCUCUGCCUGCUGGCGGUGCUGCUCGUCUGCUACGUCGGGGCGGGCUACCCUAGGUUGGGCGACACGGUGAUGGCGAGGUGGGUGGCGGCGAACUGGGAGCGAAACGGCGAGAGGGACCUGAGGUGGUGCGGGAGGCUCUUCGCCCUGCUGGCCUGCUGGCAGGCGUUGCUCGCGAUCGCGGUCGGGGCCUGUCGGGUGCUGGCCGGACUCAUACUCCUACCGUGGACAUCGGGCGCAGCCUGCAGACGGGAUAGUAAAAGCCCUAGCGUCAGUGGCAAGCAGGAGCAGGAGGAGAAGGCACGGAACGGCUCCGGUAGUUCGGUUAGAGAGAGGAAGCCACGCGAGGCGGUUGGGAAGGACGAUCGAACACAGUCGGGUCCUGAAGGAAGGGACGGAGGAGCGCCAGGGUGGGAGAAGGAGAAGACGGGAUGAAUUGAAAAUAGGUGCAACUUUUUGUACCCCUUUUGUUUCAACGAGAGCGUUGCGAGGGUACACGGCCAUCUCUUCAAACAGAUGGUAUGAAGUACGAGGAAGGCACGCGAUGGGGCUCUGGGGCUUUGUUCGUCCCUCAAGUCCAAGCUAGAGGUGGUCUGCCAUAACGCGGAGAAGCAUGUACCCCACUGCUCCCAAUACGGGACGACAGGAGUAGCGACCUGACCUGUGUGUGAUGUGUUUUGAAAGCACACCAGGCAACGUACUGCGGGUACGACGAGGUCGGGCGGUACAGAGUCCGGGGGGGGGGGAUGCGCCCGGGGCGGUAGGAUGGGCCAUGGACAAUGCACUCUGUUAGCGGUGAUGCCACGAUCACAAGGACAUCCUUGUUCUGCUGUUGUCGUUGUCGACUCACCAGGUGGUUCGUUCCCUGAGAAUCGUCGUCACCAGUGGGGUUGAGAUGGAAGUGAAAGCAGCAGCGGUGUCAUCACCAGCUGGUGAAAAACGGAACCAUGGCAGUGGUGCUUGUGCCGUGUUUUUUGGAGACCUGGUGGGAAGUUCGUGGUGGUCACUGCUCCGGCGUUCUCCUGCGAUGUGUUAGCUGUAACAUUUUUUCAUGUAACGGGUGUUGAGGUUUUCGUCGUUUUGAUACGCCUCAGGGCGCACACACGGCUGCGUCACCACCAAUUCUCACGGCUCCCAAAAAACAAACACGGCUGCUUGCUUGUACACAGCAUCGGCCCGUA